CUUUUGGAGGACGCACACACUUUCUCCCUGCACGGCGCCGAUGCGGCGGGGGGAGGACGCAGCUUCUAUUCAUGCAAAUUGAUCAAAUCAUAGGCGUGCCUUUGAGCGAUGGAGCCGGAAAAGCCCAGCAGCUGGUGGAUCAUAACGCACCUUCAACGCGUGUGAUGCGCACUCACUCCACGUCCGUGGAUCGUCUUCUUCACUCCAAGUGCGCAACUUGUGGAUCCGCGACUCACUAUCCGUGUUUAACACCCACUCGGGCAGUUUUUGUUGUAAAAAUGCAGAUAAUCGACGCGCUUCCAGUCACUCCACGGACCUGACUUUGUGCGUAAAUACGCAUCCGAUCCCGUUUCCUUCCAUUUUCCUACACGGCAUUUCGCAGCGUCACCAUGUCCGAGGGCGGCAGCGGCUCGAACGGCAGCCGUCUUCCCGCCGCGGAGGGCGGCAGCGUCAGCGUCCUAAGCUGGGAGCAAGUGCAGCGCCUGGACGCCAUACUGACGGACACCAUCCCCAUCCACGGACGGGGGAACUUCCCCACGCUGCAGAUGCAACCCCGGCAGAUUGUCAAAGUGGUGCGCAGCAGGAUGGAAGAGAGGCAGAUCCGCGUCCGGGACGUCCGGUUAAACGGGUCCGCGGCCAGCCACAUUCUGCACGGAGACAGCGGACUGGGCUUCAAAGACCUCGACCUCAUAUUCUGCGCAGACAUGAAAGGAGAAAGUGACUUCCAGAUAGUGAAGGACAUUGUUCUGGACUGUCUCUUGGACUUUUUACCUGACUGCGUAAAUAAAGAGAAGAUUACACCUUUGACUUUAAAGGAAGCCUACGUGCAGAAGAUGGUGAAGGUGUGCAACGACUCGGACCGCUGGAGCCUCAUCUCCCUCUCCAACAACCGGGGCAAGAACGUGGAGCUGAAGUUUGUGGACUCUCUGCGCCGUCAGUUCGAGUUCAGCGUGGACUCCUUCCAGAUCAAGCUGGACUCCCUGCUGCUCUUCUACGAGUGCUCGGAGAACGCCAUGACCUCCACGUUCCACCCCACCAUCAUGGGCGAGAGCGUGUACGGCGACUUCGGCCAGGCCCUGGACCACCUGCGCCACAAGGUCAUCUGGACCCGCAACCCGGAGGAGAUCCGCGGCGGCGGCCUGCUCAAGUACUGCCACCUGCUGGUGCGGGGCUUCCAGGCCGCCUCGGAGUCGGAGAUGAAGUCGCUCCAGCGUUACAUGUGCUCGCGCUUCUUCAUCGACUUCCCCGACAUCGGCGAGCAGCAGCGCAAGCUGGAGUCCUACCUUCAGAACCACUUCGUGGGCCUGGAGGACCGCAAGUACGACUACCUGAUGACGCUCCACGGCGUGGUCAACGAGAGCACGGUGUGCCUCAUGGGACACGAGCGGCGGCAGACCUUGGGGCUCAUAGCCAUGCUGGCCGUGCGGGUCCUGGCCGAGCAGAACGUCAUCCCCAACGUGGCCAACGUCACGUGUUACUACCAGCCCGCGCCGUACGUGGCGGACGGCAACUUCAGCAACUACUACAUAGCGCAGGUGCAGCCCAUGUUCGCCUGCCAGCAGCCGGGCUACUCCACCUGGCUGCCCUGUAACUGAGCCAGCACGGAGCCCAGGCCCGGCGGAAGGGGGGAAGAACUCUGCAUUUUUCCACAAACGUUUUUGCAUCCAAGCUUGUGUUUGUGUUCAUACGCAGAGUAUGAAUGCAUGCGGUUCAAGCACAUCAUUCAAUGUGAAUAAAAAAAAUUCUCAAAAGGGCCUUCAGAGCGCACGUGUGGGACUGCGCCCGGCAAUCAGGAGCCCAUUAGUGCACGAGCACUCUGAACCCGCAUCUCCUUUUGCAUUUGGGUAAACACAUGGUUGUUACAGACCAAAGAUUUUAGAUUCUUUACAAUAAAACCCUGUUUUUAAGGGGGGAAUUAAGUGCAAAGCUCUAUACUAUCUAUGUGUGUGUUUAAGUGCCUAUUACCCCUCAGACUGAGCAUGCAGGCCAUAGGGGUCAUUUGUCAUGUGAAUUGGCACCACUUUUCUUUUCAGUGCGUCUGAGAGCGAUGGUGCACAGGUUGGUGUGUGCAGACGUUUUUAUGUGGAACUGACAAAAACAUAAAUGCAGGGGGCGGUUAGAAAAUAUUUGGAUUUGUCUGCAUGGUGGAAAAGUUAAGUUAAAGUUAAAGCACCAAUGAUUGUCACACACACACACACACACAC